CGCAUCUCCACCAGACCAUCAAUCACCAUGCCGUCCACAUACAAGAGGGAGAAGCCGUGGGAUACGGAUGAUAUCGACAAAUGGGCUAUCGAGCCGUUCAAGCCUGAUGAUAACGUCGCCGGCAACUUCGCUGAGGAGUCUUCUUUCGCGACUCUCUUUCCCAAGUAUCGAGAAGUGUAUCUGAAGGAGGCAUGGCCUGUCAUCACGAGAGCUUUGGAAAAACAUGGAAUCGCUUGCACGCUGGAUUUGGUGGAGGGUAGUAUGACCGUUAAGACGACGAGGAAAACUUUUGAUCCGGCUUCCAUCCUGAAAGCCCGCGAUCUGAUCAAGUUGCUGUCCCGAAGUGUGCCCGUGCAGCAGGCCCUCAAAAUCCUCGAAGAUGACAUGGCAUGCGAUGUCAUCAAGAUCCGAAAUCAAGUGCGCAGCAAGGAGCGAUUCGUCAAGCGCCGUCAGCGUAUCCUCGGCCCCCAAGGUUCUACUCUGAAGGCUCUGGAGCUUCUGACCAGCACCUACAUUCUGGUGCAGGGAAACACCGUCGCGGCAAUGGGUCCCUUCAAGGGAUUGAAGGAGGUUCGCAAGGUUGUGAAUGACUGCAUGGCCAACGUCCAUCCGAUCUACCACAUCAAGGAGCUUAUGAUUAAGCGCGAGUUGGCCAAGGACCCUACGCUGGCCAACGAAUCCUGGGACCGAUUCUUGCCCAACUUCAAGAAGCGCACCCUCUCCAAGCGUCACAUGCCGUUCAAGGUCACCGACAAGACCAAGAAGGUGUACACUCCAUUCCCUCCGGCGCCCGAGAAGAGCAAGGUGGACCUGCAGAUCGAGUCGGGCGAGUACUUCCUGUCCAAGGAGGCCAAGGACCGCAAGCAGAAGGAGGAAGUCAUGGAGAAGCAGCGCGAGAAGCGCGAGGCGAAGAUGAAGGAGCGGGAGAAGGCGUUCGUGCCACCCGAGGAGCUCGAGGCCGCCGAGAAGAAAAAGGAGAAGAAAGAGAAGAAAAAGCGCAAGCGCGAGUCAGAGGCCGAGGCCGAGGCCGCAGAGGGAUCCGAGAAGAAAGAGAAGAAGAAGAAGAAGAAGAGCAAGUCGAAAGACACCGCCUCGGAUGGAGAAGCCUAAUCUCACCAUAUGAUCCUGUUCCCUAUUUCUUCUUUCGCUGUUAUUUUUCUCCCGGAUUUUUCUUUUCGUCUCGACUUCCGUUCUUGUUUGAUAUCUUUCGAUCUUUCAGAGAUAAGGCGCUUAGGCAUAGCAUGGGCUGGAGUUUUCUAGUGGCCCUUUCUAAACUUUUUGACGAUGUGGAAAGGGCAACCCAAAAAUUUGCGUUGAAAUAAACCUCAACCCAAUCAAUGAAUGUAUACUUAUAUCACCAAAGGCCAAAGAAAAAAAGAAGAAAAAAGAAAAAAAAAAAAUCUAC